UCCCAUUUCUUCCCAAAUCCCACCCCCCCCGCCUUCCUUUUUCACCUCUUCCCUUCCAUCCAUCUCCCAAGGGCGCGGAGGCAGAGAGGGCGACGAAGGGAAGGGGGCGGAGGCGAGAGGGUUCCGCAUCUCCGGGCGAGCUCUGGAAGGUAGUAAAAAAUGAGAAGGAAAAAGAAGAAAUCACGGAGAAAGAAUACGCGUCAUCAUGAAGAGACUGGUAAUGAUACGGAGGUUGAUGAUCCGGAGAGUGAUGGAAGGAGUGUUCACUCGGAGCUUGCUGAUUUAGAUAAAGAGGAAGCAAGUGGUGAAGCAGGCAUUGUUUCUGCAAGCACUGGAGAUGAUACAUGGUUAUCUAUUGCUCGUGAGAUGAGAAUUAACAAAUUAAAACCGAAUGUAUUCUCUGGAGGUAUUGUGAUGCAAUACAGUAUUCAAAAUAUUGAGGAAGCACCAGUAGAAGGCAAACUCUAUCAAGGGAGUUUUUGUUUUCAGCAUGAUAUUGAUGGAUCAACAUCUACCGAGUGCUCUUUCCUGAUAGCAGAAAAUCUUAAUCAUGCGAAGGAAAUAUACAAGUCAUCAGUUGCUGUAUCCCAUGAAGGGAUUGCUAAAGCUUAUUUCUUCACCUAUUGCAUUCCAUUGAAAAAACAUGUUGUGGUAUAUGAACCUCUGGAAUAUUAUAAAAUGGAGACCAUGGACUCUAUUUGCUUCAACAUUAAAUCACUAAAGUUUAAGUGGCUAGACAAUAUAAGAAAUAUUUUUGGCAGCCUUGAGUCUCUUCAUACGAUGCGACUAAGCCAUCCUUGCACAGUUGAUAUACACAGCUAUAUGUGGUCCAAGAGAGAUUCUUCUAAGUACUCCACAAGAUUAGUAGGUGCCCAUGGAAAAAUAGGAAAAGAUGGCAGAGUAGAUGACUCAGGUUCAACAGAGAGAAAUGAACGCCGAGGUGUGUUGUCGUUUCUGGAGCUACUAAAGAUUACAGGUUGCGAAGAUUAUCCGUCACUAAAAGAGCUUGUUGAACAGAGCCUCUGUGGUAAAACAAUUCUCGGACAUCCUUUGCUAAUCAAGGAAGAUGCUGAUAAAAUCAUGUGCUAUUAUGAGUUUCAGCAGAGAAUGCAUGAGUUAACACCUAAGCAAGCUAAUCAGUUGAAAGAGAAACUCAAUAAACAAUUCCCUGGGUUGUCAACUAGUUGGAAAGAGAAAGUGAAACCAGUAACUAUCUGAAGAGCUUAAAGGUUGAUGAUGAUUAUAAAGACACUUUUCUGAGUUUGCUUACUUUUGUCAGGAAUUUAAUCGAACAUAAACGUGAUGAACUUCUAUACAGCCACACACACAUCAAUUUCAGGAAAAUGGUCUCUGAGUUGUCAUCAACAUUUCCAACGUUUUUUGGCUGGCUAUAUACGUACUUGAACCUUGUUUCAUAGGAUGGACUCUUGCAAAUCCUUGUCUAUAUACCGUUAAAAGCUGCUCUGAUGUUCUAUUCUGGAGCAUUUAGUGCAUCUUGGCUUGCAAAUGGAGAUCCGGACCGUGGGAAAACACCAUAUGAAAAUGAAAACGCAGAAUGCAAUGGAAAGAAUAAUGUGGGAACUUCCUCUACUGCUGAUGAUAAGUCAGGUGCUGCUCAAUUCAAGCGUCAGGCAAAUACCCAAGAUACUCCUGAAGAUGAUGGGUCUAAGGAAUCGCUUGAUAACACGCUGCUGAUUGAUACUCUGGCUCGGGAGCAUGAUGAAGCUGAAAAAAAGAAAGAAAAGUGGCUCUAUCUUUUGGCGAGUAUGCUGUGUAUGAAAAUGAGAAUGGAGCUUUCAAUGGGCAGGGCUCGAGCACAUAUCUGGUCCAGUCUCCUGAAUCUUCGAUGGACAAUGAGACCGAGGUGAUUCCCACCCCUCCUCUUGUUACGGAAGAGAACCUCCGCUUCAGCCUGCAUACUGCUCAAACUAACCUGAUGCGAAUUGAUGAAAAGGCAGCAGCAGUGGCCAGGAAGCGUGAUCUGGAAGAAAGUUCUAACAAUAUGCCUGUUUAAUCAGCCGGUACUUGCUGACUUGGUUCUAGCUUUGCUUUUAUUCCCUUACCACUGGGAAGGACACUCCUGUGCUGCAUACCAUUUUUCAACUUUGAUAAUAUGGAUGAAGUCAACCCUGACCACUUGAACAACUUCUAUCCUUCAAAUAGGAUAUGGAUUUAUCUUUUCACUGGGUAUAGUUUUGCUGUCAUGCAUACUUUUCAUCAAUACUCAAGGGGUUAUGAUCACAAUUUUCUUCGAGAUCUUGGCCAAUGGGAUAUGCUGGUGUGCACAUGUUUGUCAAAGGACAGCAACAUUGAUAAAGCAGUGCAUGAGUUCAGUGAAAUACUGAAACAUACAGGAGCAUAAGGAAAUUUUUGUUGCCCUUUCUUAGCUCGAAAAAUGUUGGAACCAGUCAGGCAAGGCAUUUUCAGAAGCUUGGAGUAAUGCCUUGUUUGUGUAGCUGGGCUAAUGAUACAGAAAUCUGAAACCUGACAUCAAGAGCGCCACCGUGGACAACUUCACAAUAUAACAGAACAUUGCAGCUCCAGUUGAGCUCCUUUGCAACUGAAUGGAGAUCACUUGACUGUAGAUGUCACAAACUGUUGUUGUGGUCCCGUCCGAAGAAUUAAUGUCAGAAACUUUGAUAGAGAAUAAUCCCCUACGAGUAUCAGAGGCAGGUUAGGGAUUUUUUUUUUGUCCAUGUGCAGUCAUGGGUGAUUUGAAAAAUUCCAGGGUUCCAUUGUAAGCUUUGCUGCAUCCAGUAUGAUAAUAUGCAUGAACACCAUUUCACUUGCUGAGAGAUAACUACAUUAAAGUCUCAUUCAAAAUUCUCAAGGAAAACCCACUCUUGCUCAAGUAACUCUAAAGGCCACAAUUCUCUGAGCUGAAAAGUUCGAUUGCUGUGGUGCUUGAUUGAUGACCAUGUUAGAGUUGCAAAUGCUCAGAAUAAUCACAAGCUGUAUAGUCUGCACUCUGUAGACGCUCACAAACAAGGGUGGAGGCCACAGUGGUUGCAAGCUGAAAACUGCACUUGUAGGUCUGUCAGAAAUGUUGGAAUCAUAUCUUUAGUAUCCUCACAAACCACUGAAGUUCCUGAAUCCCAAGGAAGUUGGAGAGUUAUUAAGAAACCAGCUUCUUCAUAAGGUUUGAGCCUUCCUUACAACUCACAGCUACCUGCUGACCAGGUUCAUGAUGACCCAUAAAUUCCAGAGCACAAGGAAGCCGAGUGCUACAGCUGAAUUCCAUUUGUAAAAACUACAGUAUGAAUGGACUGUAAGCAUAGAUUCCUUUAUGCUGUACCCUCAUGCUACUGUUGAGUAGCUCAUCGAAUGCCUUUUGAACUCGAGAGCUGGCUCUAGGAUUGUAUGUGCAGAUGGCUAACUGCUCCAUUUUCAGCGCCAUGGUACACAGAGCCGACGGAUUGAGCUCCACUAGCAGCGACGAUUUCCUCUUGUGGUUGUUCUUGUCAGUGUGCUCUUCAACGAAACGUCACUCGUCGCCACGGACUCCAUAGUAACAGUGACGGUGGUGUGAGUGCCAAUAAACUGGGAGUGCAGAUUGGGUCGGUGGCAGACACGUCAACGGUGGUGGUGGUAAUGUCGCCUCGCCUCUGUCAGACCCAUAUCACUGCCCGGGAAUUCAAUCGAAGUUGCCGCUGUGGUUUCAGUGGUAGUUACUGGAAUAGAAACACUGAUCGGAGGAGUGGUGGUGUGGGCAGCGACGGUGGUGGAUGCUGCAACAGAAAGGCUGCUCGGGGGCGCUGUCACGAUGUGGGCAGCAGUGGCGGUGGAGGCGGAGGUGGUGGUGGUGACUGCAGCAGCGGGUGCUCUCGGAGGUGUGGUUACAACGGCAGCAGCGGUGGUGGUGGUGAGCUGCGAGAUGAUGGUGCUGCCAGAACGCAGACCGGGGCAGUGGUGGUGGUGGUGAGAACGUCGAGCAGAGAUGUACUGUCAGAGGUGACCAUGUCUGCUGCACAGGUCAGCGAAUCGAGCAUUGACGCCAUCUUCACCCACCGCCCUAGAUCUUCGGCUUGCUUAAUUUGGUGUUUGAGCUGCAUAAUUUGAGCCAAGCUCACUUGCUCCCAACGCCUCCACACCGUCUCCUGAUCGGGAAAACGCCUUGCCCCAUAGAUUGGAUCGCCGUAGGAAGAAAUCCUCAUACAGUUUGGUGCAACAAUAUCUCAGAGGUUCAAACUGCUGCGUGCUUCAUCUUUGCUUCUACUACUCUUCAUUGGAUUACUGGAUGCAUCUUUUUGGUGCUACACUUCAUGUUUUCCAGUCUUCUUUUUCCGAUAUUGAGACCAGGAAUUAGUAUUCCCUUUCGGCACGUUGCUGAAGAACUAAAGGGAAACUACAUUUUCAUGAACCGUUCUACAUUUGUUCUUUCAAGAAGCUUUCCUCGCCUUCUUGUCACCACUAUCAAUGUUACUAUGGUAUUCUUCUUCCUGUUCAAGUUGCUAACUGGUUAGCACUUGAACUGUUCCCAUUAGAUAUCACCUACUUCAUCUUGACACCUCCUACUAAGGACCAGUACGCACUGCAGUAUUGGUUUGCCACUACUGUACAUGCUCUUGGUCUGUCUGGUUUGUUGAUUGUCUGCCCUGAUGGAGGUUGUGGGCAUGAGGCCGGGGAUAGUGUUGCACCAAAAGGACCAGUACGGCAGCACUGAUGAAGAUCAUAUGUGUGAAAGAAUAAAUUGCACCAGAGGUAGAACUUCAGUAGGUGGUUCAUGUAGAUCCAAGAACUGGAAAUUCGCGUGCUUGGAUCAUAAACUUAUGCAAGUGCAUCAAGUGAAAUUUGAAGGUUGGGUUGUCUGACAUGCUUCCAGAUGGGUAUACGGAUAAUAUCAAUGCUGCCUCAAGCGCAAUUGAAGUGGAGGCGGACUGGUUUGGACCUCCAUCAAAAUCCAUUCCCUCCCUCCCUUGACGGCAACAGUGACGCCAGAGCAACGGCAGCGCUGGUGGCUGAGAAGUUUGGGUGCUGGUGAGACGAACAGUAGAGGUUGGUCCUGCUUCCUGCUGGAUUGGUAAAAUCCCUUCUCCUGUUUCGAUUAGUGCACUGUUUGUGGUGACGUGCCUUGUGGCGGCGAUAGAAGAUCAAUUUAUUCUGUUCUUAAAAUCCCUGCUCCUGUUUCGAUUAGUGCACUGUUUGUGGUGACGUGCCUUGUGGCGGCGGUAGAGGAUCAAUUUCUUCGGUUCUUGAGUUGCUGUUGCGGGAUCAGUUACUGUGAUGACAUAUCCACAUGUUAAACUCCCAAAUUGAUCAGCCCCUGAUGAAUUCCCACUCUCAAGAUAGAUUUGCAAGUGCUGCCCACAUAGUGUUCGACACAUGGUCUGAAUCAGGAACUCCAGACGAGAGUACAAGUAUUAUCGAAAACCACUCACCGAGUACAAUUCCUAACCUUCGAGGUAGAGUUCUUCAUGUGGUCAUACAUCAAGUUCAGCUAUCAGUGUCGGCAGAGGUGAUUGAUCAGGUUUUUCCUGCAUAUGGCGACAAUAGAAGAAAAUUUUCAGUCCCCUCAUCAGCAAUCACCUCAUCAUGCCCCUUCUUUGUUUGUUGAAUAUGCCCAUGGUAGCAUGUCCGAUAAAGCUUUGGAGGCUUUACAUGGGUGGUAUCUGACCAAAAUGAUUGUCGGUUGUGGAUUAGGCAUGCUGCAUCUUAGUGAGUUGCGAACUUCUUAUGGCUAUCCUGCUCCCAGGUUUUUGGAAGAUCAAUUUGAGCUUUUGCAACUAAUACACAAAGACCUUAGAAGCUUUAAGCCAAAUUGCAACCUGUGGACUGACAGAGGUGUGUAACUUAUUGUAUAGUUGUAAAAUAAAACAUGAAAUAUGAGUAGUCUUUUCGCAUGAAUAGUUGGAUUGUGGGGUGGGCUUUUACCCACGGGUUCCAUGUUGAGACGACAUUUUGUGAAUGUGGAGAGAAACACGUGCCUCGUUUGAAAAGAAAAACGCAAAUGAAAUUCUUAUUUUUCUAGUGAAAUCGAUCGAGACGUCACUGCUUUAUAAUUAAGCAAAGCAGGACAUUGUUACUUGACUGCCAGGGCCGGCGUACACCACAUCACCUAUGAAUGAUAAGGGUUGAAGAUCAGAUGCUUACUGAAAGAGGGAUUUCCAUUUGAACAGAUCAAACCAGCACAAGCGACUUCCGGGCCAUGACGACAGUGAUGGACUACAUACGAAGCAAAAUGAGUGAAUCUACACUCUAAAAUAUGUCUAUAUACAUCCGUAUAUAGUUUAUAUUGGAAUCUCUAAAGAGACUUAUAUUUAGGAACGGAGGGAGUAGACAUUAAGAUUGUUGUUGUAUAUCUUCCACUGAUUGCACUGAAAACAAUUGUUGCUUGGAGUUCCAAACUUUUAUUUUCCAGAUUUUGUAGUAGUAGGGAUGUGUUUGCUAGAAAUAACUGAACUGGUGUUUAAGAAUCUGAGUGCAGCACUGCUACUUGCACUGAUUUAUAAACAUUAAGAUUCUUGUUC